GAAAGAUUUGCUCCGGGCAACACUGUCUGUUCGACUUGCUCUCACCUCCACUACUCAGGCGGCGGAGGAGGAGGAGAAGAACUGCAGAAAGAUGGGGAAACUGGCGGCGCUGAAAGCAGAACCAACACUGAAGCUAUCGCCUGCAACAACAACAUCGCAUCUCUAAUCCCUAAUUCCCACAUUUGGAGAACGCGGAUUCGGAAGCGAAGGAAUCCAGAUCCAGAUUUCACAUUCGUCAUAGCAAUCAGUCUCAAGGUCGCGGCUGAAGCCGAAAUUUCAGCAGAACUAUUUGUCGAACGCCAUCGUGGGGCUUGA